AUGGGAAGAAGAAAGAUCGAAAUAGAACCGCUAACUGAUGAUAGGAACAGGACAGUGACUUUCGUCAAGCGUAAGGCAGGUUUAUUUAAGAAGGCAUACGAAUUGGCUGUAUUAUGUCAAGUUGACAUAGCAGUAAUAAUAGUCGGAAAUAACAAUAAAGUGUACGAAUUCAGCUCAGUGGAUACAGAUGAGCUCAUUAAUGUAUACAAAGGUGUCAAGUCACCCCAUGAAUCGAAGUCUCCGGAAAACUAUGGCAAUUACAAGAAAAAGAGACACCUAAACGAGAACAAUUCAAGAGGGAUAAUACAUGACGACAUAUCAAUUAAUGAUGACGAUAAUGAUUCUGAAUUUGAAAGUGAUACACCUGAUCAGAAGAAACAAAAGAGGAGCAGUGAGGAGAAUGAGCGGAGUUAUUUUGAAAGUAGUGAGAAGAGUGAAACAGACAGCAAUAAGCAACCUAGGAAAACAUCCAUGAACAAUAUGCCCUCUUUCAAUCUCCCGUUCAAACCAUCUCGCCAAAAUGAUGACCGAAACGGAUUCCUUUCGAAUUCGAAUGCAGAUGAUUCAAAAGGCUCAUUGAGCCAAAGGCCAAUCCUUCGAGUUCAAAUACCCGUCGAUGCAAAAAGUAAUAAUAAUGACAGUGCUAAAACGUUAACUGCUUUAGACUCGAAUCUACAGAAUUAUAGCGAACAGCAUCCGCGAUCUUCAGACUCUGCUGAUUCUGCUUCUAAUAAUGCGACUACAAACUCAAGUCAGGGACCAAACUUGAGUUCCACAAAGUUUGGGAGCCUUAGGAAGCCUAUUACCACUUUACCACUACCCAUCAAUUCAAAAUCACAGACUUCCUCUCCAUCAAGCCCUUCUGCACCUCAGCUUCCGGCAAGCGGCAUAUCAUCCUUUUUGAACUCCAUUCCACAAGGAAUUCAAAGUCAGUAUUUGAGCAAUUCUAUACUACCAACCCCCAUAAUGAAUCAAGUAUUUACUCAGCAAUAUGGUGGUCCACAUUCAGCAUCACAGUCAGGUGCAGGAGAAAAUACGGCCAGUGGAGCACAAGCUGGUCUGUCAAAUAAUACGGCUUCCCAAGCAAAUACAGCGCCUAAUAAAGCCAAGUCAUCCGCAAUCAUGUCAAAUCAGUUCAACAAUGGUGAACAGACGCCACUUUCUGGUUUGCCCUCUAGAUACGUUAAUGAUAUCUUCCCAUCGCCCUCUAACUUUUAUGCUCCGCAAGAAUGGUCCAACGCGGCCACUGGUAUGACUCCCAUUCACAACAAUCCACCGCAUUAUUUCAUGCCAAUGAUGCCCAAUGGUCCACCACCUCCUCACAUGGCUUCACGACACUCUCAGUUUACGCAACUGACACAGUUUGGACACAAUGGUCAUGGUAAACCUGACGGGCUUCCAUCUCCUUUACAGUUCAUGGGACCUUUCAGCUCAUCCUUAAACCAUUCUACAGCUAACAGCCAGCAAAUGAACUCAGAGAUAGGACAAAAUAAAAAGAGAUGA